GCAGGCGGCAACUACUCUACACAUUGCCCUGCUGGAUUCAUUUUGACCGUGAUGAUGUCGUCCUGGCUGUAGAGCAGUUCCGGCUCGGACACACUCACACAACGCAUCGAUAUUGUUGGAACGACUCGUUUUCAUAUGAACUGACCCAAAACAAUACUAGUACUACGUUGGUGCAGCCCUCAAACUGGCUCUCUCGACCGCGAGGAAAGCAAAGUUGGUGGAUCAACAAGCAAGGUCGGCAAAAACAUGGGCGCACCUUGUGAAAGAUGCAAAUGGCAUGAUGAACAGGAUUACCGGGAUUUGGAUGAUCGAGAAAAACAUUUCUUGAUGUUUUUGAUGGGUGAUUUUCAACAUGAGAUGAUCGUCCCAGAAGAAUUUGUGCAGCGUUUGAAGGGCGAGAUUCGAGGAGAGAUCAAACUGGAAACGCGCAAUGGAUACAGUUAUACUGUUGGAGUUUCCAAGAACCAAGAAAAGGUUGUCUUCAUGGCAGGAUGGGGUCAAUUCGUUGAAAACUUUGAUCUUCAGAUGGGUGAAUCCAUAAUAUUCAGAUACAAUGGAAGCUCUCAGUUUAGUGUCGUAAUGUUUGACAAACUUGGCCGUGAGAAAGCAUUAUCUGUCAUUGCGGAUGCUUUGCCGCCUCGUAUACAAGAAAGGCACACAGAUGCUACUGAAACCGUGCACAACAAAGGCAAAAACAUGGGUGCACCUUGUGGAAGAUGCAAAUGGCGGGAUGAACUGGACUACCGGGGGUUGGAUGAUCGAGAAAAACAUUUCUUGAUGUUUAUGAUGGGUGAUUUUCAGCAUGAGAUGAUCGUCCCACAAGAAUUUGUGCAGCGUUUGAAGGGCGAGAUUCGAGGAGAGAUCAAACUGGAAACACGCAAUGGAUACAGUUAUACUAUUGGAGUUUCCAAGGACCAAGAAGAGCUUGUCUUCAUGGCAGGAUGGGGGAAAUUCGUUGAAAACUUUGAUCUUCAGAUGGGUGAAUCCAUAAUAUUCAGAUACAAUGGAAGCUCGCAGUUUAGUGUCACAAUCUUUGACAAACUUGGCCGUGAGAAAGCAUUAUCUGUCAUUGAGGAUGCUUUGCCGCCUCAUGUACUAGAAAGGCACACAGAUGCGACUGAAAAUGUGAGCCGCUCUCAUGGUUAUCCUCAGGCCAUGCAAAUGCAAUUGCCUAACGAUGCCAUGAACCGCUUUUGUGUUCAUUGCCAGCCAAUGCAAAUGCAACCACAUGCUGAAACCAUGGACCGUUCUCAUGGUCGUCAUAAGACCAAGAAAAUGCAGUCGCUCACUGAAACGGUGACUCAAUCUCAAGUUCAUCCUCAGCCUAUGCAAAUGCAGCCCUCUAGCAAAACUGUGAACCGUUCACCAAUGCAGAUGCCACCGAUGAAAAGACAACGACGGCUUCAAAGGAAUAAGUCAAAUCAGGGCAACAAGACCGCGUUGAAAUCUUCUUCCUCUGAGUCAUCUGGCACAGGAGAUUCUUUCUCAUCUGAAGAGGGUCAUGCUGCUGUGCCUUGUUACAAUUACGCUGUCGAGAAAAAGGAUAAAAUGCAUCGAGUUCAGAAGGAGCAGUUGAAGGAUGGUUACAUUGCCACACGUGUGACCAAACUAACUCCAAUUCAGGCGGAGCAGGUGAAGAAGGAGGUCCAAUGUUUGCACUCAGACAUCCCCAUCUUUGUUGCCGUGAUGAGCAGAGUCAAUGUUGUUUCAGGGUUCCGCCUGACUGUCCCCAACUGGUAUGGUCAGAAAUAUCUUGGAGAUGAGCAGAGCGUGUGGCUUCAGCGACUUGGUGAGAACUGGCCAGUAAAUCUUCGUGGCAGAAGUCCUGGAUUGCUCAUCGACAGAAGGUUUGAAAAUGGAUGGCAAAAGUUUGUCGAAGAAAACGAUAUUAAGAUUGGUGAUAUAUGCCUAUUUGAACGGUUGAACAAUCAGAGGUGCACGCUGAAAGUCCAUAUCAUCAGUGCAAAGGAUGGCAGUUGUUGCUGAAUUCCGUGAUGUCGGUACGCCGCACCAUUAAGGCCCCGCUUGGGAGCAUUGUAAAAACUUCCACCCGUAGAUGCUUACGGGCGCAAAUCUGUGUGUACGAAUGAAACUCCUGUAAUUUAUUUUCCUUGUAAACCUGAUGUUUGGAAGAAAACGAUGGAGCAGAAGUUGAGCUACUGUAUCCAUGAAGUACUUGAAGAAGCCAGCUUGAUGAAUGUGGCCGCACUGUCGUCGAGCACCAGCAGGAGCUGGACGGAUCCACGGAGGAGCGGACGAGGCACCGGCAAGCUAGGGUCGAAGGAGAGCGACGCUAGGUGCGCACCACUCGAAGACCCCGCCGGCG